AUGACUGAUAAUGAAUCAAUUACUGCGACACAGCUGGAUCCUGGAAAUGAAUACACAAUGAGCAUCUCCACAAUGGUGGCUGAUAAUACACUAGUGGAUCCGGUCAAUGUCUCUUCUACGACAGAACCAAACCAUGAGAACAAUAUAACAAUUGCAAAUUACAAUCCCUCUUCAGUUAGUCUGAGCAGUGACAGAUCAAUCGAGCAGAAGACUGAGCAUACCUAUGAGGUGACACUGAAUGAAACUCUUUCAACAAAGAUAACUGAUAAUGAAGCAAUUACUGCCACACAACUGGAUCCUGGAACUGAAUACACACUGAACAUCUCCACAAUGGUGGCUGAUAAUACAUCAACAGAUCCGGUCAAUGUCUCUUCUACGACAGAACCAAACCCUGAGAACAAUGUAACAAUUGCCAAUUACAAUACCACUUCAGUUAGUCUGAGCAGUGACAGAUCAACCGAGGACGAGCCUGAGUACACCUAUGAGGGGACACUGAAUGGAACUCUCUCAACAAGGAUGACUGAUGAUGUAUCAAUUACUGUGACACAACUGGAUCCUGGAACUGAAUACACAUAUAGCAUCUCCACAAUGGCCACUGAUAAUACAUUAGCAGAUACGGUCAAUGUCUCUACUACCACAGAACCAAACCCUGAGAACAAUGUAACAAAUGCAAAUUACAACACCACUUCAGUUAGUCUGAGCAGUGACAGAUCAAUCGAGGACGAGCCUGAGUACACCUAUGAGGUGACACUGAAUGGAACUCUCUCAACAAGGAUGACUGAAGAUAAAUCAAUUACUGUGACACAACCCGAUCCUGGAACUGAAUACAAUUUUAGCAUCUCCACGGUGGCGGCUGGUAAUAUACUGGCAGAUCUGGUCAAUGUCACUUCUACGACAGAACCAAACCCUGAGAACAAUGUAACAAUUGCCAAUUACAAUACCACUUCAGUUAGUCUGAGCAGUGACAGAUCAACCGAGGACGAGCCUGAGUACACCUAUGAGGGGACACUGAAUGGAACUCUCUCAACAAGGAUGACUGAUGAUGUAUCAAUUACUGUGACACAACUGGAUCCUGGAACUGAAUACACAUAUAGCAUCUCCACAAUGGCCACUGAUAAUACAUUAGCAGAUACGGUCAAUGUCUCUACUACCACAGAACCAAACCCUGAGAACAAUGUAACAAAUGCAAAUUACAACACCACUUCAGUUAGUCUGAGCAGUGACAGAUCAAUCGAGGACGAGCCUGAGUACACCUAUGAGGUGACACUGAAUGGAACUCUCUCAACAAGGAUGACUGAAGAUAAAUCAAUUACUGUGACACAACCCGAUCCUGGAACUGAAUACAAUUUUAGCAUCUCCACGGUGGCGGCUGGUAAUAUACUGGCAGAUCUGGUCAAUGUCACUUCUACGACAGAACCAAACCCUGAGAACAAUGUAACAAUUGCCAAUUACAAUACCACUUCAGUUAGUCUGAGCAGUGACAGAUCAACCGAGGACGAGCCUGAGUACACCUAUGAGGGGACACUGAAUGGAACUCUCUCAACAAGGAUGACUGAUGAUGUAUCAAUUACUGUGACACAACUGGAUCCUGGAACUGAAUACACAUAUAGCAUCUCCACAAUGGCCACUGAUAAUACAUUAGCAGAUACGGUCAAUGUCUCUACUACCACAGAACCAAACCCUGAGAACAAUGUAACAAAUGCAAAUUACAACACCACUUCAGUUAGUCUGAGCAGUGACAGAUCAAUCGAGGACGAGCCUGAGUACACCUAUGAGGUGACACUGAAUGGAACUCUCUCAACAAGGAUGACUGAAGAUAAAUCAAUUACUGUGACACAACCCGAUCCUGGAACUGAAUACAAUUUUAGCAUCUCCACGGUGGCGGCUGGUAAUAUACUGGCAGAUCUGGUCAAUGUCACUUCUACGACAGAACCAAACCCUGAGAACAAUGUAACAAUUGCCAAUUACAAUACCACUUCAGUUAGUCUGAGCAGUGACAGAUCAACCGAGGACGAGCCUGAGUACACCUAUGAGGGGACACUGAAUGGAACUCUCUCAACAAGGAUGACUGAUGAUGUAUCAAUUACUGUGACACAACUGGAUCCUGGAACUGAAUACACAUAUAGCAUCUCCACAAUGGCCACUGAUAAUACAUUAGCAGAUACGGUCAAUGUCUCUACUACCACAGAACCAAACCCUGAGAACAAUGUAACAAAUGCAAAUUACAACACCACUUCAGUUAGUCUGAGCAGUGACAGAUCAAUCGAGGACGAGCCUGAGUACACCUAUGAGGUGACACUGAAUGGAACUCUCUCAACAAGGAUGACUGAAGAUAAAUCAAUUACUGUGACACAACCCGAUCCUGGAACUGAAUACAAUUUUAGCAUCUCCACGGUGGCGGCUGGUAAUAUACUGGCAGAUCUGGUCAAUGUCACUUCUACGACAGAACCAAACCCUGAGAACAAUGUAACAAUUGCCAAUUACAAUACCACUUCAGUUAGUCUGAGCAGUGACAGAUCAACCGAGGACGAGCCUGAGUACACCUAUGAGGGGACACUGAAUGGAACUCUCUCAACAAGGAUGACUGAUGAUGUAUCAAUUACUGUGACACAACUGGAUCCUGGAACUGAAUACACAUAUAGCAUCUCCACAAUGGCCACUGAUAAUACAUUAGCAGAUACGGUCAAUGUCUCUACUACCACAGAACCAAACCCUGAGAACAAUGUAACAAAUGCAAAUUACAACACCACUUCAGUUAGUCUGAGCAGUGACAGAUCAAUCGAGGACGAGCCUGAGUACACCUAUGAGGUGACACUGAAUGGAACUCUCUCAACAAGGAUGACUGAAGAUAAAUCAAUUACUGUGACACAACCCGAUCCUGGAACUGAAUACAAUUUUAGCAUCUCCACGGUGGCGGCUGGUAAUAUACUGGCAGAUCUGGUCAAUGUCACUUCUACGACAGAACCAAACCCUGAGAACAAUGUAACAAUUGCCAAUUACAAUACCACUUCAGUUAGUCUGAGCAGUGACAGAUCAACCGAGGACGAGCCUGAGUACACCUAUGAGGGGACACUGAAUGGAACUCUCUCAACAAGGAUGACUGAUGAUGUAUCAAUUACUGUGACACAACUGGAUCCUGGAACUGAAUACACAUAUAGCAUCUCCACAAUGGCCACUGAUAAUACAUUAGCAGAUACGGUCAAUGUCUCUACUACCACAGAACCAAACCCUGAGAACAAUGUAACAAAUGCAAAUUACAACACCACUUCAGUUAGUCUGAGCAGUGACAGAUCAAUCGAGGACGAGCCUGAGUACACCUAUGAGGUGACACUGAAUGGAACUCUCUCAACAAGGAUGACUGAAGAUAAAUCAAUUACUGUGACACAACCCGAUCCUGGAACUGAAUACAAUUUUAGCAUCUCCACGGUGGCGGCUGGUAAUAUACUGGCAGAUCUGGUCAAUGUCACUUCUACGACAGAACCAAACCCUGAGAACAAUGUAACAAUUGCCAAUUACAAUACCACUUCAGUUAGUCUGAGCAGUGACAGAUCAACCGAGGACGAGCCUGAGUACACCUAUGAGGGGACACUGAAUGGAACUCUCUCAACAAGGAUGACUGAUGAUGUAUCAAUUACUGUGACACAACUGGAUCCUGGAACUGAAUACACAUAUAGCAUCUCCACAAUGGCCACUGAUAAUACAUUAGCAGAUACGGUCAAUGUCUCUACUACCACAGAACCAAACCCUGAGAACAAUGUAACAAAUGCAAAUUACAACACCACUUCAGUUAGUCUGAGCAGUGACAGAUCAAUCGAGGACGAGCCUGAGUACACCUAUGAGGUGACACUGAAUGGAACUCUCUCAACAAGGAUGACUGAAGAUAAAUCAAUUACUGUGACACAACCCGAUCCUGGAACUGAAUACAAUUUUAGCAUCUCCACGGUGGCGGCUGGUAAUAUACUGGCAGAUCUGGUCAAUGUCACUUCUACGACAGAACCAAACCCUGAGAACAAUGUAACAAUUGCCAAUUACAAUACCACUUCAGUUAGUCUGAGCAGUGACAGAUCAACCGAGGACGAGCCUGAGUACACCUAUGAGGGGACACUGAAUGGAACUCUCUCAACAAGGAUGACUGAUGAUGUAUCAAUUACUGUGACACAACUGGAUCCUGGAACUGAAUACACAUAUAGCAUCUCCACAAUGGCCACUGAUAAUACAUUAGCAGAUACGGUCAAUGUCUCUACUACCACAGAACCAAACCCUGAGAACAAUGUAACAAAUGCAAAUUACAACACCACUUCAGUUAGUCUGAGCAGUGACAGAUCAAUCGAGGACGAGCCUGAGUACACCUAUGAGGUGACACUGAAUGGAACUCUCUCAACAAGGAUGACUGAAGAUAAAUCAAUUACUGUGACACAACCCGAUCCUGGAACUGAAUACAAUUUUAGCAUCUCCACGGUGGCGGCUGGUAAUAUACUGGCAGAUCUGGUCAAUGUCACUUCUACGACAGAACCAAACCCUGAGAACAAUGUAACAAUUGCCAAUUACAAUACCACUUCAGUUAGUCUGAGCAGUGACAGAUCAACCGAGGACGAGCCUGAGUACACCUAUGAGGGGACACUGAAUGGAACUCUCUCAACAAGGAUGACUGAAGAUAAAUCAAUUACUGUGACACAACCCGAUCCUGGAACUGAAUACACAUAUAGCAUCUCCACAAUGGCCACUGAUAAUACAUUAGCAGAUACGGUCAAUGUCUCUACUACCACAGAACCAAACCCUGAGAACAAUGUAACAAAUGCAAAUUACAACACCACUUCAGUUAGUCUGAGCAGUGACAGAUCAAUCGAGGACGAGCCUGAGUACACCUAUGAGGUGACACUGAAUGGAACUCUCUCAACAAGGAUGACUGAAGAUAAAUCAAUUACUGUGACACAACCCGAUCCUGGAACUGAAUACACAUAUAGCAUCUCCACAAUGGCCACUGAUAAUACAUUAGCAGAUACGGUCAAUGUCUCUACUACCACAGAACCAAACCCUGAGAACAAUGUAACAAAUGCAAAUUACAACACCACUUCAGUUAGUCUGAGCAGUGACAGAUCAAUCGAGGACGAGCCUGAGUACACCUAUGAGGUGACACUGAAUGGAACUCUCUCAACAAGGAUGACUGAAGAUAAAUCAAUUACUGUGACACAACCCGAUCCUGGAACUGAAUACAAUUUUAGCAUCUCCACGGUGGCGGCUGGUAAUAUACUGGCAGAUCUGGUCAAUGUCACUUCUACGACAGAACCAAACCCUGAGAACAAUGUAACAAUUGCCAAUUACAAUACCACUUCAGUUAGUCUGAGCAGUGACAGAUCAACCGAGGACGAGCCUGAGUACACCUAUGAGGGGACACUGAAUGGAACUCUCUCAACAAGGAUGACUGAAGAUAAAUCAAUUACUGUGACACAACCCGAUCCUGGAACUGAAUACAAUUUUAGCAUCUCCACGGUGGUGGCUGGUAAUACACUAGCAGAUCUGGUCAAUGUCACUUCUACGACAGAACCAAACCAUGAGAACAAUGUAACAAUUGCAAAUUACAACACCACUUCAGUUAGUCUGAGCAGUGACAGAUCAACCGAGCACAAGCCUGAGCACACCUAUGAGGGGACACUGAAUGGAACUCUCUCAACAAUGAUGAUUGAUGAUGAAUCAAUUACUGUGACACAACUGGAUCCUGGAACUGAAUUCAAUUUUAGCGCCUCCACAAUGGCAGCUGAUAAUACAUUUGUAGAUCUGGUCAAUGUCUCUUCUACGACAGAACCAAACGUAGUGAACAGCCUACAAGUUGACUAUGUUGGCACUGACUCCAUAACACUGAAUUGGGAACAACCAAUAGGAUAUAAAGAUGACUAUCGCUAUCUGGUAGUGACAAAAGCAAGUUCAGAACCUACCAUUAUCAUUCAAAAUGAAACUGUAAAAUUUGAAAAUGCUACUGUGAGCAAUCUGACCGCUGGAACCAACUACACCUUCACCGUUAUCACACUUGUAGCCAAUGUCCAGUCUGAUUCCAGAGAAGUAUCCAGCUACACAAAACCUGUACAGAUACCAGAAGCAAACAUCAGUGUUAGCAGCAAUGGGACAGUGGAUAGAUUGUCUGUCUCCUGGAUUCCACCACCUGGAAACGUGGAGCUGUUCUUUAUCACUCUUCAAGGUGUAAAUUAUACGUCAGUACAGACAGUCAGCAGUAGAAACUCCACAUCUGUAACUUUCACUGAUCUUCGACCUGGUCGUGUGUACAACGUCACAGUGAUUACAAGCAGUGGACCCUUCAAUGUUACCUCUGCCAAUGUGCAGGGUAUAACAGUUCCUUCACCACCCAGACACAUAGUAGUGACCGCUGUCACUAAUUCAUCACUUCAUUUUAGCUGGGAGACACCAGAAGACAUGAAUCUUGGAGAAUACACUUUUAUUGUCAGCUACCAAAUGGCUCAAGCAUCAAAUAGUACAACUUAUAGAGAAGAAGAAAAUAAAUCGGCUAUAUUUAAUCUUAGCUCUGGAACUAAUUACACCAUAACUGUUCUUACCAAUAUUCUUCAGAAUUUGAACAGCAGCUUUGUGACAAAAUCUGUCUACACAAAACCAAACGUAGUGAACAGCCUACAAGUUGACUAUGUUGGCACUGACUCCAUAACACUGAAUUGGGAACAACCAAUAGGAUAUAAAGAUGACUAUCGCUAUCUGGUAGUGACAAAAACAACUUCAGAACCUGCCAUUAUCAUUCAAAAUGAAACUGUAAAAUUUGAAAAUGCUACUGUGAGCGGUCUGACCGCUGGAACCAACUACACCUUCACCGUUAUCACACUUGUAGCCAAUGUCCAGUCUGAUUCCAGAGAAGUAUCCAGCUACACAAAACCUGUACAGAUACCAGAAGCAAACAUCAGUGUUAGCAGCAAUGGGACAGUGGAUAGAUUGUCUGUCUCCUGGAUUCCACCACCUGGAAACGUGGAGCUGUUCUUUAUCACUCUUCAAGGUGUAAAUUAUACGUCAGUACAAACAGUCAGCAGUAGAAAUUCCACAUCUGUAACUUUCACUGAUCUUCGACCUGGUCGUGUGUACAGCGUCACAGUGAUUACAAGCAGUGGACCCUUCAAUGUUACCUCUGCCAAUGUGCAGGGUAUAACAGAACCAAACGUAGUGAACAGCCCACAAGUUGACUAUGUUGGCACCAACUCCAUAACACUGAAUUGGGAACAACCAAUAGGAUAUAAAGAUGACUAUCGCUAUCUGGUAGUGACAAAAGCAAGUUCAGAACCUACCAUUAUCAUUCAAAAUGAAACUGUAAAAUUUGAAAAUGCUACUGUGAGCAAUCUGACCGCUGGAACCAACUACACCUUCACCGUUAUCACACUUGUAGCCAAUGUCCAGUCUGAUUCCACAGAAGUAUCCAGCUACACAAAACCUGUACAGAUACCAGAAGCAAACAUCAGUGUUAGCAGCAAUGGGACAGUGGAUAGAUUGUCUGUCUCCUGGAUUCCACCACCUGGAAACGUGGAGCUGUUCUUUAUCACUCUUCAAGGUGUAAAUUAUACGUCAGUACAAACAGUCAGCAGUAGAAACUCCACAUCUGUAACUUUCACUGAUCUUCGACCUGGUCGUGUGUACAAUGUCACAGUGAUUACAAGCAGUGGACCCUUCAAUGUUACCUCUGCCAAUGUGCAGGGUAUAACAGUUCCUUCACCACCUAGAAACAUAGUAGUGACCGCUGUCACUAAUUCAUCACUUCAUUUUAGCUGGGAGAGACCAGAAGAUAUGAAUCUGGGAGAAUACACUUUUAUUGUCAGCUACCAAAUGGCUCAAGCAUCAAAUAGUACAACUUAUAGAGAAGAAGAAAAUAAAUCGGCUAUAUUUAAUCUUAGCUCUGGAACUAAUUACACCAUAACUGUUCUUACCAAUAUUCUUCAGAAUUUGAACAGCAGCUUUGUGACAAAAUCUGUCUACACAAAACCAAACGUAGUGAACAGCCUACAAGUUGACUAUGUUGGCACUGACUCCAUAACACUGAAUUGGGAACAACCAAUAGGAUAUAAAGAUGACUAUCGCUAUCUGGUAGUGACAAAAACAACUUCAGAACCUGCCAUUAUCAUUCAAAAUGAAACUGUAAAAUUUGAAAAUGCUACUGUGAGCGGUCUGACCGCUGGAACCAACUACACCUUCACCGUUAUCACACUUGUAGCCAAUGUCCAGUCUGAUUCCAGAGAAGUAUCCAGCUACACAAAACCUGUACAGAUACCAGAAGCAAACAUCAGUGUUAGCAGCAAUGGGACAGUGGAUAGAUUGUCUGUCUCCUGGAUUCCACCACCUGGAAACGUGGAGCUGUUCUUUAUCACUCUUCAAGGUGUAAAUUAUACGUCUGUACAAACAGUCAGCAGUAGAAAUUCCACAUCUGUAACUUUCACUGAUCUUCGACCUGGUCGUGUGUACAACGUCACAGUGAUUACAAGCAGUGGACCCUUCAAUGUUACCUCUGCCAAUGUGCAGGGUAUAACAGCUCCUUCACCACCUAGAAACAUAGUAGUGACCGCUGUCACAAAUUCAUCACUUCAUUUUAGCUGGGAGAGACCAGAAGACAUGAAUCUGGGAGAAUACACUUUUAUUGUCAGCUACCAAAUGGCUCAAGCAUCAAAUAGUACAACUUAUAGAGAAGAAGAAAAUAAAUCGGCUAUAUUUAAUCUUAGCUCUGGAACUAAUUACACCAUAACUGUUCUUACCAAUAUUCUUCAGAAUUUGAACAGCAGCUUUGUGACAAAAUCUGUCUACACAAAACCAAACGUAGUGAACAGCCUACAAGUUGACUAUGUUGGCACCAACUCCAUAACACUGAAUUGGGAACAACCAAUAGGAUAUAAAGAUGACUAUCGCUAUCUGGUAGUGACAAAAGCAAGUUCAGAACCUGCCAUUAUCAUUCAAAAUGGAACUGUAAAAUUUGAAAAUGCUACUGUGAGCAAUCUGACCGCUGGAACCAACUACACCUUCACCGUUAUCACACUUGUAGUCAAUGUCCAGUCUGAUCCCACAGAAGUAUCCAGCUACACAAGUAAGUACUGCAGAAGACUAAAUUCAAUAUCUUUCUCAUCUGCUGAGAUGGUCCUGUGCUGUGAUGAACAUAAUUACCUUACACCACGUUACGUUCUGUGUCUGAAACCUCCUGGAAAAUCCCAUCAUUUCUUUCAUCCCACAGAACCUGUACAGAUACCAGAAGCAAACAUCAGUGUUAGCAGCAAUGGGACAGUGGAUAGAUUGUCUGUCUCCUGGAUUCCACCACCUGGAAACGUGGAGCUGUUCUUUAUCACUCUUCAAGGUGUAAAUUAUACGUCUGUACAAACAGUCAGCAGUAGAAAUUCCACAUCUGUAACUUUCACUGAUCUUCGACCUGGUCGUGUGUACAACGUCACAGUGAUUACAAGCAGUGGACCCUUCAAUGUUACCUCUGCCAAUGUGCAGGGUAUAACAGCUCCUUCACCACCUAGAAACAUAGUAGUGACCGCUGUCACAAAUUCAUCACUUCAUUUUAGCUGGGAGAGACCAGAAGACAUGAAUCUGGGAGAAUACACUUUUAUUGUCAGCUACCAAAUGGCUCAAGCAUCAAAUAGUACAACUUAUAGAGAAGAAGAAAAUAAAUCGGCUAUAUUUAAUCUUAGCUCUGGAACUAAUUACACCAUAACUGUUCUUACCAAUAUUCUUCAGAAUUUGAACAGCAGCUUUGUGACAAAAUCUGUCUACACAAAACCAAACGUAGUGAACAGCCUACAAGUUGACUAUGUUGGCACCAACUCCAUAACACUGAAUUGGGAACAACCAAUAGGAUAUAAAGAUGACUAUCGCUAUCUGGUAGUGACAAAAGCAAGUUCAGAACCUGCCAUUAUCAUUCAAAAUGGAACUGUAAAAUUUGAAAAUGCUACUGUGAGCAAUCUGACCGCUGGAACCAACUACACCUUCACCGUUAUCACACUUGUAGUCAAUGUCCAGUCUGAUCCCACAGAAGUAUCCAGCUACACAAAACCUGUACAGAUACCAGAAGCAAACAUCAGUGUUAGCAGCAAUGGGACAGUGGAUAGAUUGUCUGUCUCCUGGAUUCCACCACCUGGAAACGUGGAGCUGUUCUUUAUCACUCUUCAAGGUGUAAAUUAUACGUCUGUACAAACAGUCAGCAGUAGAAAUUCCACAUCUGUAACUUUCACUGAUCUUCGACCUGGUCGUGUGUACAACGUCACAGUGAUUACAAGCAGUGGACCCUUCAAUGUUACCUCUGCCAAUGUGCAGGGUAUAACAGUUCCUUCACCACCCAGGCACAUUGUAGUGACCGCUGUCACAAAUUCAUCACUUCAUUUUAGCUGGGAGAGACCAGAAGAUAUGAAUCUGGGAGAAUACACUUUUAUUGUCAGCUACCAAAUGGCUCAAGCAUCAAAUAGUACAACUUAUAGAGAAGAAGAAAAUAAAUCGGCUAUAUUUAAUCUUAGCUCUGGAACUAAUUACACCAUAACUGUUCUUACCAAUAUUCUUCAGAAUUUGAACAGUAGCUUUGAGACAAUAUCUGUUUACACAAAAGCCACAGCCAGCAUCUCAUCUGCUUUCCACCAACAAUCAAAUGGCCCAAUGGAGAGAGUGAACCAAGAGUUAGAGACAACCCUGCAUUGCCUUGCCUCUUCCAACUCCACGUCCUGGAGCUCCCAAUUGGUUUGGGCAGAGAUCGCCGACAAUAACCAUCAGUCAUCCUCCCCCAAUAUGUCUCCCUUCGAAUGCCAGAAGGGAUUCCAGCUGCCAUUCUUCUCCGAUCAGAAGAAUGAUGUAGGAGCUCCUGCUGCUGAACAGCUGAUGCUGCACUACAAGUGCACCUGGAGACAACCAAACGUAGUGAACAGCCUACAAGUUGACUAUGUUGGCACUGACUCCAUAACACUGAAUUGGGAACAACCAAUAGGAUAUAAAGAUGACUAUCGCUAUCUGGUAGUGACAAAAACAACUUCAGAACCUGCCAUUAUCAUUCGAAAUGAAACUGUAAAAUUUGAAAAUGCUACUGUGAGCGGUCUGACCGCUGGAACCAACUACACCUUCACCGUUAUCACACUUGUAGCCAAUGUCCAGUCUGAUUCCAGAGAAGUAUCCAGCUACACAAAACCUGUACAGAUACCAGAAGCAAACAUCAGUGUUAGCAGCAAUGGGACAGUGGAUAGAUUGUCUGUCUCCUGGAUUCCACCACCUGGAAACGUGGAGCUGUUCUUUAUCACUCUUCAAGGUGUAAAUUAUACGUCAGUACAAACAGUCAGCAGUAGAAAUUCCACAUCUGUAACUUUCACUGAUCUUCGACCUGGUCGUGUGUACAAUGUCACAGUGAUUACAAGCAGUGGACCCUUCAAUGUUACCUCUGCCAAUGUGCAGGGUAUAACAGUUCCUUCACCACCCAGAAACAUAGUAGUGACCGCUGUCACAAAUUCAUCACUUCAUUUUAGCUGGGAGAGACCAGAAGACAUGAAUCUUGGAGAAUACACUUUUAUUGUCAGCUACCAAAUGGCUCAAGCAUCAAAUAGUACAACUUAUAGAGAAGAAGAAAAUAAAUCGGCUAUAUUUAAUCUUAGCUCUGGAACUAAUUACACCAUAACUGUUCUUACCAAUAUUCUUCAGAAUUUGAACAGCAGCUUUGUGACAAAAUCUGUCUACACAAAACCAAACGUAGUGAACAGCCUACAAGUUGACUAUGUUGGCACUGACUCCAUAACACUGAAUUGGGAACAACCAAUAGGAUAUAAAGAUGACUAUCGCUAUCUGGUAGUGACAAAAACAACUUCAGAACCUGCCAUUAUCAUUCAAAAUGAAACUGUAAAAUUUGAAAAUGCUACUGUGAGCGGUCUGACCGCUGGAACCAACUACACCUUCACCGUUAUCACACUUGUAGCCAAUGUCCAGUCUGAUUCCAGAGAAGUAUCCAGCUACACAAAACCUGUACAGAUACCAGAAGCAAACAUCAGUGUUAGCAGCAAUGGGGCAGUGGAUAGAUUGUCUGUCUCCUGGAUUCCACCACCUGGAAACGUGGAGCUGUUCUUUAUCACUCUUCAAGGUGUAAAUUAUACGUCUGUACAAACAGUCAGCAGUAGAAAUUCCACAUCUGUAACUUUCACUGAUCUUCGACCUGGUCGUGUGUACAACGUCACAGUGAUUACAAGCAGUGGACCCUUCAAUGUUACCUCUGCCAAUGUGCAGGGUAUAACAGUUCCUUCACCACCCAGGAACAUAGUAGUGACCGCUGUCACUAAUUCAUCACUUCAUUUUAGCUGGGAGAGACCAGAAGACAUGAAUCUUGGAGAAUACACUUUUAUUGUCAGCUACCAAAUGGCUCAAGCAUCAAAUAGUACAACUUAUAGAGAAGAAGAAAAUAAAUCGGCUAUAUUUAAUCUUAGCUCUGGAACUAAUUACACCAUAACUGUUCUUACCAAUAUUCUUCAGAAUUUGAACAGCAGCUUUGUGACAAAAUCUGUCUACACAAAACCAAACGUAGUGAACAGCCUACAAGUUGACUAUGUUGGCACUGACUCCAUAACACUGAAUUGGGAACAACCAAUAGGAUAUAAAGAUGACUAUCGCUAUCUGGUAGUGACAAAAACAACUUCAGAACCUGCCAUUAUCAUUCAAAAUGAAACUGUAAAAUUUGAAAAUGCUACUGUGAGCGGUCUGACCGCUGGAACCAACUACACCUUCACCGUUAUCACACUUGUAGCCAAUGUCCAGUCUGAUUCCAGAGAAGUAUCCAGCUACACAAAACCUGUACAGAUACCAGAAGCAAACAUCAGUGUUAGCAGCAAUGGGACAGUGGAUAGAUUGUCUGUCUCCUGGAUUCCACCACCUGGAAACGUGGAGCUGUUCUUUAUCACUCUUCAAGGUGUAAAUUAUACGUCAGUACAAACAGUCAGCAGUAGAAAUUCCACAUCUGUAACUUUCACUGAUCUUCGACCUGGUCGUGUGUACAAUGUCACAGUGAUUACAAGCAGUGGACCCUUCAAUGUUACCUCUGCCAAUGUGCAGGGUAUAACAGUUCCUUCACCACCCAGAAACAUAGUAGUGACCGCUGUCACUAAUUCAUCACUUCAUUUUAGCUGGGAGAGACCAGAAGACAUGAAUCUGGGAGAAUACACUUUUAUUGUCAGCUACCAAAUGACUCAAGCAUCAAAUAGUACAACUUAUAGAGAAGAAGAAAAUAAAUCAGCUAUAUUUAAUCUUAGCUCUGGAACUAAUUACACCAUAACUGUUCUUACCAAUAUUCUUCAGAAUUUGAACAGCAGCUUUGUGACAAAAUCUGUCUACACAAAACCAAAUCCUGUUAACAUAUUUAAUGUUUCGGAAACGAGCAUCAGCUCAAUAAAUCUAACCUGGGAUGAGCCACAUGGGUACCAGAAUACGUACAAGUACAGAGUGGAACUACACAUUGGAAAUACACAUUCCAACAAAACAGUCAGGGAUCGCAAUGUGCUUUUUGAUGGCUUGAACCCUGGAGAUAAUUUCACAUUCACCAUCUACACCCUGGCAGCCGAUGGCACAGAAAGUGAUUCGAUCAUGUUAUCUCAGUGCACAAAUGCUGCUGCAAUUAGUUCUCCUCUGCAUUGUGAAGGAGAGGAUCGCAACUCCGUGCUCAUUUUGAAAUGGACUUGUCCAAGUGGACUGAACAGAGGCUUUAAUCUUCAAGCAAAAGAUGACUCCACUAAUGUUAUUAAUGAAACUAGUGCAAAUUGUACUUCAAAUCAAACAGAUGAAUUCAAGCUAAUGAAUGUCACAUUCUUUACGAAGUAUGUUGUGAGCAUCACCACCCUAUCAUGUGGUUCCCCGAGUACACCAGUUAGUAUAACUUGCACGUCUGGUGUUAGCAAUCCUCCAGAACCUUCCUCACGUUUAGAAUUACCAGGUCUUAAAUUCACCCAUAACACAGUGAACUUCACUAUUCAACCAGAUGCAUUUAAUUCCACCAACGGCCCAAUUGUGGCAAUUGCUGUGAUUGUGACAAAAAAGAUAAACUCUGUUCUUAAUGACGAAGAUCUGGAAAUACCAUUUCGCGAAGAUGUGUCUACUUAUGUGACAUAUGUAUUCAAUACUUCUUCUCAAAAUACCAAAGCAGCUGCUCCAGCAAAACCCAUCAGUAUCACCAUAGGAAAUAAUAAUAAAAAUAUGGGAUAUCUUAAUAAGGAGUUAACUCCUAUGACCAAAUAUCAAUUUAGUUUGGCUGGAUUUACAAGAUUGCAAAUUAAAGGAGAGGAGAUAAUUGAUUCAAAUAAUUCCAUCUUUACAAAGUAUCAAUAUUCAGAGGUUGUCACGUUGAAACAAAAUCCAGGUGUCAUUAUUGGAGCUGUGGUUGGGAGCAUCCUGGGUGUACUUGUCAUAAUUGUACCCCUCCUACUGUUUUUAUGGCAGAAAAAUCGAACAACGUCAAAAAGCAAGAAUUUAACUUUACCUCCAGCCAUGAAUCUCAGUCCCAUCAAUGUGGACUACUUUGAAGGGUAUUUCAGUAAGCAACAUGCUGAUUCUGAUUGUGGAUUUGCUGAAGAGUAUGAGGAACUCAAGUCAGUCGGAAUAUUGCAGUCAACACAAGUUGCCCAGCAACCUUUGAACAAGCCUAAGAAUCGCUACAGUAAUGUUUUACCAUAUGAUAUCAGCCGAGUUAAACUCUCGGUUACUUCAGAACCAUCCAGUGAUUACAUUAACGCAAAUUUCAUGCCAGGAUAUAACUCCAAUAGAGAGUUUAUUGCUGCUCAAGGGCCAUUGAUGACUACAGUAAAGGAUUUCUGGCGAAUGAUUUGGGAACAUCGUGUUCCGGCUAUUGUCAUGCUUACCAAGUGUGUAGAGCAAGGGAGGGCAAAAUGUGAACAGUACUGGCCAACUGAGCGUCCUCUUAGCAUUGAAGACAAAGUGGUUACUCUGACAUCAGAAGUGACUUCUGAAGACUGGACCAUCAGAGACUUCUCACUGGUGAAGAAUAAAUCUGGAGAGAAGAAAAACGUACGACAGUUCCACUUUACGGGUUGGCCUGACCAUGGAGUUCCAAGCACCACUGGUAUCCUCAUCGAGUUCAGGAACUUAGUACGGCAAUACAUCGAUCAACAUCAAAUGAGUGGACCCACUGUAGUGCACUGCAGUGCUGGAGUUGGUCGGACAGGAACAUUUAUUUCCAUUGAUCACAUGAUUUACCAGAUUGAUAAAAACCGAGAGGUUAAUAUCUGGGCUAUAGUUUAUCAGCUGCGAAUGAACCGGCCACUGAUGGUGCAGACGGAGUCUCAGUAUGUUUUCCUGAACUUGUGUGCCAUGGAUUACAUCAAAUCAAACAAGAAGAGUCAUGAAGAAGAGUCCAUCUAUGAAAAUACACCUGCCCUCAUCUAUGAGAACACCUCUGCUAUCCAAGCAGCUAAUGGUCACGUACCUUAAUGGAAAUGAUCCUGGACUCUCCUUUUUAAAUUCAGCUGCAUCAUUUUCUUAUUUGAUUUCAUAAAUUAUAAAUGAACUUUAUAUUCAUUUAACAAGGUAUGUCUGAAGUUCCUUUUAAUGCUGAAUUGCUAUUUUUUUUCAAAACAAGCUGGGCAAUGGGCUCAGGAAUUGUGUGAAAUCUUUGAGAAACACUGCAUAAUUUGUCACAAAUGGCUUGUUCAUUCGGCUUCACUCAGGUUUCAGGCAGAAAGUGACCUCUUUAAGGUAACAUUCAACUGAGGUGUGAAAUGAAAUUAUCUAUUUCAAGUAUGUUUGUAAGGUAUCUAAUGUUUCUAUGUACAAUAAAAUAAACUUGACAGAUCGACUGAACAUCUAUAUUUGAAGCAUACUGCUGAAUAAAUAUUUAUAAAGUAAUAUCAACCUUGUAGAUAUUCCCAGAACCUGGGAUAAACUGUGAAUUGUUCCCAGAAAUUAAUCCCUCAAGUGCUUCCAUCAAACUUAAUGAAAUGUUGAAACUACUAUGUAGGAUAAUUACUUUCUUCAAAUUCAUACCACAGGUUAAAUAAAAGCCAUUUUACAUAAAGUGAAGUGGAAAAGUAGUUGGAUCAUUCAGCAAACUCAACGUGGCAUAGUUGUUUGUUCUGCUGUUUGUAGACUCCACAUAGAAAUAAUGAUUAGCCUGUAUUGCAGUGCUGAAUUUAACAUACAAUCAGCCUCAAAUAUAUUAACCAAAGUCAGAUAGUUCUCACACAUCGUCAAUAACAUAUGUCCUGUCAAAUCAGGCUCUACUCAUAGAUGUUCUGAGCCUUGCACUAUAAAGGACAAAACAGUGAAAAAAUGGUUUAAAGAGCAGAGUGAGCCCAUUAAGCUGAAUGACAAAUUGUAUAUCAGGUUGCAUCUGGAAUUCCAUGUGCAUAAGGCAGUGCAUAAAAACAAAAAUUGCAUAUAUAAUAUUGUCAUUGUUAUAAGCUUUGAUGCACAUCCCAAUCUAGCAGUGGUCUUGUCAAGGAUCUCUCUUGAAUUUUUCAGUCUUUCUAUGUGCAGAGGUGUGGCUCUAUCUUGAAGUGCUGCUGAGGAAGCAAGUCAAAGUCUGUCUGAGUGGUAGGGGUUUGUCACUGUGUUAGAUAUUAAUUCAGUAUCUAUUCCAUACUCAGUUAUUUUAAAGGAUAUAAUGUUUAACUUUGAUUUAAUCUUAAGUUUGUAGUGAAAAAUCAAACCUUUCUUGGUUUAAGUGGAUUUUAUAUCAAUAUGCUAAACAUUUGUAGCUUCGCUUGGAAACUCAUGUAAUGAUAGUUUAAAUUUAAAUGUAAUUUAUUUUCUGGUCUUAAUACUGUAUAAGUAAGAAUGAAUAGGGAAUUGGUAAUGUACCACAGCCAAGUAUUUUCCAUUGAAUUUGCAUGGAAUCCAAAAACAUUGUUCUUGGUGUAUUCAUUUUAAAUUAAUUUUAAAUUAAUCUUCUUAUCAGGAACUGCAUUGAUUUAAGUAAGAUGUGUUAUUUGGGGUUUAUAGAGCUCUGGAAAUACUGCAUGGGAUGCACUUUGUAAACAUGCUCAUUGGGACUGCCUUCGGUCAGUGCCAUUCUGACAAGGAAUUCCAUGUUCAUCAAAGAUCAUGGAUUUAUAAGGGAGACCAAGUUACUCUUGACUGUCAAACAGAUUUCCUGGUGCUGAACAAUUUCUUGUAUCACACAGGCAGAGUCAUUGACAAAGCUCGUCAUGUCUGGUAAUUAUGUGUUGUUUGGGAGGACAGAAUAAUUGAGAAACUGAAGUUCAGCUAAGAAUAUUUAAAAUUAAGUAAACCAGGAUGGGGCAGCCACACUGCAUAAACCUCAAGGCCAAGAACUGCUGAAACAAUCAAUGUACAUCUCUGGAUUUUGAAACAAAUUGGUGGUGAAACAUUUGUGCAUUAGGUGAUUAGGAAAGGUAGUGAUUAUAUUACUAGAUAUUUUGGAACUAAAUGAAUUUCUAAUUUGAAUUUCUAAUUUCAAAAGCAUUGACACUUAGAUAGUGAAUUUUAAACCCCUUUUAGUAUUUGUUUAAAACUGAGAAGAAAUGAGCUGUCAAUGGAUGGUUAUUAUUUCUAGAUUACACAAUAUUUGAAGGGGGUUAUUUUAUGAUGGGACAGGAAAGUGAGUCCCAGGUACAUCUAUUCACUCUUAGGAACUCCAAGGCUCUCUUUUGGAAGGGAUCUAAUAAUACUGGCCAAAAGAAGUCCAUUAAAAGAUUUUUUUUUUAGCUAGACAUACCAACUAUAAUUUGACAAUGUAUUAUCAUUAUGUCCUUUAGGUUACCAUAGCAUCAUAGAAAAAUACAGCACAGAAACCAACCCUUCAGUCUAUCUAUUCCCUGCCAGACUAUUUAGAGUACUUACUCACAUCAACCUGCAGCCAGACCAUAGCCUGCCAUCCAUGGACCUAUCCAAACUUCUCUUAAAUGUUGAAAUAAAGCUUGCAUGUUUCCCUCAUGUUCUCCUUAAACUUUCACCUUUCACUCUUAAAUCAAUGACUUUCUCAUUGUAGAAACAUAGAAAAACUACAGCACAAAACAGGCCCUUCGGCCCUUGUACUGACAUCUCCUCAGUUCCCAAUCCCCAGCACCUUAAACCUAUGUCCUCUUGUGGCAACCAUUUCAGCCCUAAGAAAAAGCCUCUGACUAUCUACAUGAUCAAUGCCUCUUGUCAUCUUGCACACCUCUAUCAAGUCACUUCUCAUCCUCCAUCACUCCAAGGGGGAAAGGCCGAGUUCACUCAACCAAUUCUCAUAAGGCAUGCUCCCCAAUCUCUGCUGAGACUUUCCUCUACCAUUCCCACCCCACUAACAGUAUCCAAAGCAGUAUGCCCAUUGUUGAGGGGGAUGGCCACAGAGGUACUCUGCACUGAUUGUUUAACUUAUUUCCCCUUCCUGACUGACCAAGUCUCCUUUGACCUGCAUCUUGGGUGUAACUACCUCUCUACAUGUCCUAUCUAUCACCCCCUCAGCUUCCCGAAUGAUCCAGAGUUCAUCCAGUUCCAGUUCCAGCUCCUUAAUGUGGAGGGUUAGAAGCUGGUAGGAGAAGUUGUCAGGGACAUUGGAAGUUUCAUUGCCUUCCACCUCCUGCAAGAGGAGCAUUCAACUAUCCUGCCUGGUGUCCCUACUAUACUAACUGAGCAAGUAUAAAGAAGGAAACCAAUAAAUAAACUGGGGUUAAAAAAAAUCUACCUACAACUUCUAUGCCUUCUCUCACACAAGCUUCUUCUCACAGAAGCUUUGAAGAGCUAAAGCCACAGAUAACCACUGUAAAACUGUUCAUUUUUCGCUAUCAUCUUCAGUGCCAUUGUUUCAGCCCUCUUCUGAGCCACUGGACAGUGAGGAACAUAGCAGAAUCCUCUUGUCUUCAGGCAUAAAGAAUAGUAAAUACUUCCAAGAUAUCCAUUCCCUUGUGUAGACCUUCUGUCAGCUGAGACCACCAUCAUUUAUGGGAGAGUGGAAUUUAGAUGCACUUAGUGAGCCUUUGGUCGGGGAGUAACAGUAAGCAAAAUGAAAGCUUUUUCCAGAGUUGUUGUAUAUUGUUUCCAGCAUCAUUGAUUGGAUUUGUAAAUGUAUUAAAAUCUGUCCAGCCUUUGGCAUAAGCAACUUGUGCAAAUAAACAAGGGUAGAAUUACAAAGUGAAACAAUAGCUGUGAGCAUCAACACUGUGGAGACAGAUGCAGGAGCAAGAAUCUAUAUGCAAUUGCACUUUCUAUCGAUGGUUUUACUAAAAGGAUCGAUUUUAAAGUAGAUAUGUAUAUCAUGUACAUAAUGAUGUAUAUCAGAUAAUACAUAGUACUGUAUUGUUGAAUUGCACUGGAUGCAUCUUUGGGAGAAAUCAUUUUAUUCUGUCUGUUCACUUAUUCAUUGUGUGAUAUAAUUUUAUCAGAUGUAGAAUAAUAUUUGAGAUUGUGAUUAUCUGAUAUACCUCCAAGUUCAAUGGAUGCUGGUAGAUCUUUUUGAUUUUGCUGUGUUAUGAUGAUGUCUAAAUCUUAUUUUAUAAAUAAUGUAUCAUGAUUUUUUUUGCUAUUAAAAUUAUCUUUUUAUUCUGUG